AUGGAAGAUGCAUCAAUCCUCUCCUGGAAGGAGAAGCGAAGGAGGUUGAAUGAAGAAAAGCAUCCGGAGCUAGCUGCUGUGUGUCGGGAUGACAGAACUCUCAUAUUGUACCCCGGACCUAAAUCCCAGAACCUGGAGGAGCUGGUGCAACGCAACGCCGAGAUCGCCGCGGUGAAAAACAACGUGAUCAUUAUAGACGGCACGUGGAGCCAGGCCAAAAACAUGUUCCUGAAGAACAGCAUGUUCCACUUGCCCAAACAGGUGCAGCUUAACAGGAUGCUGUCCAGCCAGUAUGUGAUCCGCACCCAACCCACCAACAUCUGCCUGUCCACGCUGGAAUGUGCUGCUGUGGCUUUGUCCAUCCUGGAGCAGAAGGAAGAGAUCCAAGAGAUAUUGCUGAGGCCUCUAAAAGCCCUGUGCUCCUUCCAGCUACAGCACGGCGCUCAGAUUCAUCACAGCAAAGAGCAUCUCCUCAGGAACGGCAUGUACGACAAACCCAUGCCGAAAAACAAACGCAAGAUCAAGAGGAUGGAGAAACUGAUGACUGACCACAGCAUCUGUCCAAGAUAAGAUGAGGACAAGAUUGAUGACUGAGCAGAGAAGGGUCUUGGAAUGCCUUUACACAGUUUGUUCAACUGCAUGCAGAUAACUGCAUCAUCUGCGUGCAAAUAACUGGACUUUUGUUUCAUUUGUUUCUUUUUUUUGCAAUACUUUUUUGUUCAGUUUAAUUUAUAUACUUGUUAAUAAUUUUAAAUAAACGACUAGCAUUCUACUUAGUGUUGUAUGUUACAGCAAAUCAGUCAUUUUUUUUCUUUCUAGAAAUUGUACUUGGUUCUCUACUAAAAUAUUAUUUAAAACAAGCUGGUUAAUGCUGUUGUGUAUAGUGGUACUCUCUCCUCUAUAAGGGCUGAUUUAUUUAUUUUUUAUUCAAAACAAAGUCUUAAAAAAAUAAACGUAUUUAAAGCCGACAAUUACCAAAGCUGUACAAAUGUUCGUCAUCUUUAGUGGUCAGUUUACUGACUGAAAAUGUAAAUAGAUCACUUGUAAAUAAACCCUGUUUGACCUUCAAAAACA